AUGAAAGAAUCAAAUGUAGGGGAAACAUUUGUUCUAGGUCGCAUUCACCAUGCCCUGGGUAACACCAGUCAAGCUGUGGCUUAUCUUCAGCAAGGUCUGCAGAUUGCUGAGCACCUUGGCCAUAGGGAAGAAGAAGCCCGAAUUCGUCACCGACUGGGUUUGGCCCUGUGGGGUCAUGGAGACCUUGAGGGCUCACAAGUGCAACUAGAAAGAGCUGCUCUUCUUUUGGAACUGGUUCGAAGAGAGUCACCUCCUACUGUAUCAUCUGAUUAUAAAAUGGCUCUAUAUGACCUGCAGACUGCAUCCUACCAAGCACUUCAGAGAGUAUUAGUAGGUCUCAACCGACCAGAAGAGGCUCUGCUUGUAGCAGAACGUGGUCGUACAAGAGCUCAUGCAGAACUUCUACUGGAGAGACAAGCCCGAGCUGCAGCCUUAAACGGAAGUGGUAACAGCCUCACAGGAAGCACUCUGCGUAAUGCACUGCCCCCUCGCCCAGCUGAAGACAAUGCACCUAGCUCAGUGGAGCAAUUGGUGGAGAUUGUGAACAGGCAGAAGGCAUCUGUUUUAUACUACAGUCUAGCUGCUGGCUAUCUGUACUGCUGGUUUAUUGUCCCUGGAAAGGGUGUUGUAAGAUUUCAUGAGGUGGCAGUCAGUGAGGUGGAAGCAGAGAGAGAAGGUGAGGCAGCAAGUACAGGAGGCAGUGGCAGCACGGGAGGAGAAGAACUGCUGGCAACUACAGGCUCAUUAUUGGAAUGCUACAUUCAAAAUGUUAGAGAUGCUCUUGGAAUUGACACUGUGACUUCACGAGGAGGAUCCCUUGCAAAUCUUGCUGACCACGGAAGCGAUCGGGAUCCUGGCGAUGCCUGGGCUCAACAUCUGGAGGAGUUAGGCGACCGACUGAACCAGGAUGGGGACAGAACUGGCUUCUUGAGAAUGGUGAAUAGGAAUCACCUGUUCAAUUCAAGCAACUACAGCUUAAGUAGCCUGUUCAGCUUGGGGAGUGUGGGAGGCAGUGUAGCAAGUGGAGGGCCCACUUCUCGUCCUGGUAGCACUCGGUCACGGCGUCAUGCUCCAGCACAUCCAUCGUGGCAAGGACCAGCCUGCCUUGGGGCUCUGUACCAGCUGCUCAUUGCUCCCUUUGAAGACUGUUUGCCUUCUACGUGUGGCAAGAACACUGGAGCCUUGCCUCAUGGAAAGGGCUGUGCUGGCCGUCGGGAAUUAUUAUUGGUUCUGGAAGGAGAGCUUUACUUGGUGCCCUUCCCUGUCCUGAAACCAUCUGGUGGAGGUGUGGAUGGUUCUGAGUACCUGUGUGAGCGCUUCUCUUUGCUGGUGGUGCCUUCUCUUACCUCAUUACGCAACAGUCAACGCACAGCUCGAACAGGGCUUCUGGCAAAAGCUUCCAGUUCUACAAGUGGAGCGGGAGGCCUGGAUGCAGGACAAGGAGGGUCAGGUAGCAGUAGUGGAGGAACUGCAGGAAUGUCUGCAAUGGUGGUGGGCAACCCACGCUUGCCAACAUCGGUCACAGAACAGUGGGGUUGGGGAGACCUUCCCUAUGCAGAGCAGGAGGCCGCCAUGGUUGCAGAGAUGUUACAAGCAAAGGCUCUUGUUGGAUCUCAGGCAAAUAAAGAAGCAGUUUUGCGGCAAAUCAGUGAUGCUGAGUGUGUCCAUCUUGCUUGUCAUGUCAGCUGGAAAUUGUGUGCUGUGGUGCUGUCACCUGGGGAUGUUGUUGACUCCCAACAGAGCAAGCGCUUCUUUGCUGCCGCCACUGCACCACCUGGUUCGGACCAAGGCCAUGAGCAAGGAGAUGAAGAUGGCUCAGAGGUUUCAUCAACAAUGGAACUUCCAUCUCUACCUGAGUUCCUCCUGACAGCAGCAGAAUUAUUGCAGCUCAGACUAUCAGCAAGGCUUGUGGUUGUAAGCUCCAGUCACACCAGAGAUCAUCAUGGAAGAGCUUGUGCUGAUGGCGUGGUGGGCCUGACAAGAGCCCUCCUGGCGGCCGGUGCGCAGUGUGUGUUGGUAUCCUUAUGGCCAGUGCCAGACACAGCAACACGCAUUUUACUACGAGCAUUCUACUCUGCUCUUCUGCAGGGUUCACGUGUAAGUCGGGCAUUGGCAGAGGCUAUGUUGACUGUGCAACACACAAAGCAUUUUGCACACCCAGCCAACUGGGCGGGAUUUGUAUUGGUUGGGGCAGAUGUGCGGCUUAGUAAUAAAGUGGCUCUAAUGGGACAAGCAUUGUGUGAACUGCUACGCAACCCAGAGAAAUGCCGUGAUGCUUUAAGAGUCACCUUACACCUGGUUGAGAAGUCUUUGCAGCGUAUUCAUCGUGGCCAGAAGAACGCCAUGUAUACAACACAAAAGAGCAUUGAGAACAAAGUGGGUAUGGUGUCAGGUUGGAAGGAACUUCUGAUGUCUGUAGGCUUCCGGUUUGAGCCUGCAGCAAAUGGAAUUCCAAGUUCUGUGUUCUUCCCUCAAAGUGACCCAGAUGAGCGUCUAACCCAGUGCAGUGCUAGCCUCCAAGCUUUAUUAGGUCUCUCAAGCACAUCUCUACAUGCUCUAUCAAAGCUUAUGUCCAAUGUAGAAGUGGCAGAUGAUAUUAUUAGUGUCAUUCGUCAAGUAAUGGGCCAGUUUGGCAUGAAGAAUCUCGAUACUGAUAGUGUUGAGGUUCCAAUCAGUGUCAAGUUAUGGAGAGUGCCAGGCUGUCAUGAACUUCUGGCAUCCUUAGGUUUUGAUCUGAUGGAGGUAGGACAAGAUGAAGUAACCUUGCGUACAGGAAAACAGGCUAAUAGACGGAACAUCCAAUUUGUGCUCCAGGCUCUUCUGGCACUCUUUGACACGCAGGAGGCGCCGCGCAGCCUGAGCCUGGACUCAUCGAGCUCCCUGGAGUCGCUGGCGUCGCUGGACGGGGACGAGGACGCGGUGCGAGGCGCGGGCGCCGGGGCGCUGCGCUCACGCUCGCCGCCGCCGGCCGUGGCC